AUGGAUACCGUCACCUCUACCCUACAGAUGGCCAUGGGUCCCGGCGAGCAGCGCGCCAUUCACCCCUUCUUUCAAAAAGAAUUAGGAUCAACGAGGCCCGUCGAAGUAUCACCACACGAAGCCGUGAACCCUCCACCUGCAGCAGAUGUCAAUGCAUUUCCCCGCAACACUCCGUCAAUUGACGCUCAACAUGCUGCUCAGCAUGAGGGUGCAGCUACUACUGCCCCAAUCUCAGAUAUGACUCAGGAGGAUGCUUCGCCGGUGAUCGCCCCGAAUGAAGAUUUGAACGAGGGUCGACGGAAGAGAAGAAAGGUCGAAACGAAACAUGCAGCCGAACCCGAGAAUAUCACUCAGUCGGCUUUAUCAUCGUGGCUAGGGCACAAUGCGCCCUCCCAGACCCAGCCUUUGUCCUCGGAGUCCCACCCCCAAGAGACCGGCACACCCCAAGCAGCCAAUUCUUCUCCAGAAAAUGGAUUAUCGCAGGAGGAGGCCGCUCAGGCCACUGGCCCCCGACGAAAGACGCUGAAAAUCAAUUCCAAUGGGAAGCUGCUGAGCUCCCCUGCGCGCAAUUCUCCUCCAGCCUCCAAGAAGAAAGGAGGGAAACGGGGGAGAUCCCGACAUGUGGAAAGCAAAAUCUCGGUUAUGAAAUACAACAGGAACAAGGAUAUGGGGCAAUUGAUCGAUGACAUACUAGCUGGUCGAAAAAUUCAACGCCCAGCAGCCGAGCCUGCUCCUGUUCGCCCAUCAGCUGUUGAAAGCAGACCUCUCAAGCCGACACACCCGUUCUUCGUCAAAAAGCCCUCUCAGAAAUCUCAAAUCUCGAGCUCCGGCGACAGUACUCCAAACACCCGUGAUUCCACCCACCAGGAACCCUCAGAGCCGACAUCAACUCCUACCGUGGAGAAGAAACGAGUGCCGGGCUUCUCGAUUGGCUCGUCCUCAACAUUCGGGCGACGUGUUUCCAAAUUUCCCGAGCUUGUAGAUCCACUGUGGCCACCAAGGGACUUUGUACAUGUCAGAGAUGACGAUGCGCUCACAAGCAACAAUGACGUCCCGCCUCUUCCUUCCAGCCAAGAUCAGAAGAAGUCGAAAGUGGCAGCUGUUCGCAUCCCUGACGAAGAAAACUCCCUUCUUGUCAGUACCAAGCAGGCAAGGAAACAAGCCGAGCGAGCUCUCAAAAGCAACGCCAAAAAAGACCCGGCUCUGCUGCGAUUACCCAACCGACAAGUCGCGAGCGGGCUCGUUCUCCAAACAGCAAUGGAUAAACAGAUGUCAUGGCUUUCCUCGGAUCCUCUUACCUCUUUUCCUUACCCCGAUUGGUCUGCCAAUCCAGCUAUUUCCAAACUUCGAUCGGCGCUCCUCUCGUCUCGGAGCGCCUUUGACCGGGCACAAUACGAAUCACAGCUCUGGGCCCACAAAUAUGCACCGCAAACAGCGACUGAAGUCCUUCACGCUGGCCGUGAGGUCCAGGUGCUUCGCGACUGGCUUCGGCUGCUGAAAAUCACGGCUGUCGACACGGGAAAACCUACAAAAGACGGCACAAAACGAGCAAACGUUGAUAAGAAACGGAAGAAGCGGCGCAAGCAGACGGAAAAGCUCGAUGGUUUCAUUGUUUCAAGCGGCGACGAGGCAUCGGAGAUGGACAAUCUCUCCGGUUCUGAUGAUGAAUUGGCGGGUGACGUAACAGUGUCAAAGACUGUCGUUCGAGCGGGUGAUCUGGCUUUCAGUCUGCAACAUGGAAGCGAGAAGGGCCAUCUCACCAAUGCAAUCCUUCUUAGUGGCCCUUCUGGUUGUGGCAAAACUGCUGCAGUGUACGCAGUCGCUAAAGAGCUGGACUUCGAAGUCUUUGAGCUCAACCCCGGAACUCGCCGAAGUGCCAGAGAUAUGCUGGAGCGCGUCGGAGAUAUGACGCAGAACCACCUCGUUUAUUUGCUGAAUGACAACGAAGAAUCUUCCGUCAAGGGUCCCGCGUGCGAUGAGGAGGGCAAGCAAAACAAGUUGAUCCGCUUCUUCAAGGACCCAACAGGCAAGAAGACAAAAUCUGCGGAUAGCCCUGCUCAAGCAAGCCCGAAGUCCGACGCCGAGGUUAAACGCCAUCGGGAGCAGAAGCAGUCGUUGAUCUUGCUUGAAGAAGCCGAUCUGCUAUUUGAAGAGGAUAAACAAUUUUGGACCGGAGUCCACGCCCUCAUCAGCCAGUCUCGCCGGCCAAUUGUUAUCACAUGCAACGACGAAAGCCUGAUCCCUAUCAAGGAACUGUCGUUGCAUGCCAUCUUGCGGCUGCGUACACUCCCCCCAGAACUCGUCGUUGACUACCUCCUUCUUAUUGCAGCGAACGAGGGCCACAUGCUGCAAAGACAGGCAGUGGAAAAGCUGCAUGACGGUACCGGCAGAGACCUUCGUCGGUCACUAAUGGAGCUGAAUUUCUGGUGUCAGAUGGGUGUUGGCAGCGAGAAGGGUGGGUUGGACUGGUUUCUGCCCAAGUCGCCCCGGAGGGCAGAUGCCGAUCAGAGUGGUGAUCAAUCCCGAGUCAUCAGUCUGAACACCUACGAACCGUACAUGGGCUGGUACAAUCGAGAUUUGUUUCUCAGCCACUCUUCACUGGACAAGGAGACCGAAGCUCUGCGGAAUAUCUAUCACUGGUGGGGACUCAACGUGCCGGAUGCCGAAACAGUGGCCGGUGCACAUGAUGUUGAGCUUACGCUUGCUCAUCAGUGGCGUACUGCUUCAAAAUCCUCACAACUUGAUAUGCUCACGCUCAAUGCGGACUACCUUGAAAUGCGCAGCUCGCUUGACAUCCUGUCCUCUCGGUGCUCUUUGGACAUGACCAAGGACGUUCUUGAUACUUCUACUCUUCCGCUUCCCGAGGGCCACCGCUCUAAUUUUGUCGACAGCUGGCCGCUGUUGCACGCUGACUUACUGCCUGAAUACACAUCGAUGACCGAGGCCAUCAGCACUUCAUUCGGCGCAUUGCUCGGCCAGGUCUUUCGGCCCCAUCACCAGGGAGCCUUUGAACCAACACAUGCGCUGCGCCUGAUGGGCAAGUUGACGGAGCCGUUCCGUCGUCAGCAAGUGCCCCCAUCUUCAGUUCCGGAGUUCCAACGAAUCUUCGAAGCAAUCAUGCGAGCAAACUACACAAUGCCCCAGCCCAGCUCCCGACCGGCCCUGUCAUUCGAGAACGGCCUGUCGCCUAUCACCGAGGACCUCGCACCAUACGUCCGCAGUAUCAUGGUCUUCGACGGCCGCUUGAAGGAGUAUCGAGACAGUUUGAGCUCUGUGCUUUCACAGGAGAAACCUGGGCGUGGUGAGAAACGAAUGCGGACGACACGAGCCAGUCGGGCGGCUCUGGAGGGAGGUGACAAGUCCUCGACGCGAAAAGAGAGAUGGUUUCCUUCAGAUACUAAGUACUUUUCCGUCAUGGGCACCGGGAAACCAGAGUGGCAGGAUAUCUUGUACCAGCUCGGAUAUUUCCAUGUGCAGCCUUUUCCGGACUCCGCUGGGGAUAGCAGUGAGCAUGUGUCGGAUGACGAGAGACAGGGUACUUGCAGUAGAGAGGGGUAG